AUGGGCUUCGCAAUGCACAUGCCCGACGCGGCCUGCGCGUACCCGCUCAUUGCGCCCGACUGCGCGGCGCCGAUCGCAACCGUGACGCCGCGCUACCGGGUGCAGCAGCUCGCCUACCUCGGCGUCGGCUCUCUCCUCGUCCUCCUCGUCACGCUCAAGCUGGCGCUCGUAUUCGCCAAGCGCGAUCGAGGGCAAGCGACGCAACGACACAUAUUACUCUUGCUUCUUGGCGCGGCCGUCCUCCUUACGACCCGCGCCAUCGACCCGCUCGGCCUCAACAACGUGCUGCCGUACGUCCUUGUUGUGGGCAUGAGCGACGCGUGCACGGGCUGCCUCGAGACCGCCAUCAUCGUCAUGCUCAUGUUCUGGAUCCGCGUCAUGGAAGGCGACGUGCAAGAGUACUCGCCGCGCUUGCUUUGGGUCGGCGGCCUCUCGAUCGCCGCGGCGUGGGUCGCCAACGUCGUCUUUCCCAUUCUGCAAUGGUACUUUUGGGAUACCGGCGACUAUGUCCUGGAGCGCAUCAAGAUCUCGACGGCGCUGGUCAUUACGCUUGUCAUGACGACGACCGUGAGCAUUUAUGGCUGGAAGAUCCACCGCCGCCUCGAAGAUAUUCUUGACGCAGUGAGCCUCGAGGCGCCGAUCGAUGACUACGACUAUGUGCUCUCGACCAAGAACGUGCUCGGCCAAGGGGCGUCACCGACGUUGCCGCUGCCGCUGCCGCCGCCGUCUGUCCGGUCGUACCACGGCGCGUGCUGUCUUCGCUCCAAGAUGCUCGAGACGCUCGUGGGGUUGCAACUCGUCGCCGGUUUUAUCUUUGUCCUGCAGAUCUACACCAUCUUCCGCGUCGAGACGCAGAACGAGUCGGUCGUUGCGUGCGUCAUGACGGGCUGCACGCACGCCCACAUGAACAUGCCCAUCAUGCCAAUCGCGCAGGUGCUGGGCAUUUGUGCGGGCAUGUGGAUCUUCCGCCACGUCUAGUCGUCUUCUUGUCUGCGUCUACUACUAUGUAUGCUAAGUUAUCGUGUUUGUCAUGUCCCAA